GCUACAAAAUCCCUGUUAUUGAGAACUUGGGUGCCACGCUGGACCAGUUUGACGCGAUUGAUUUCUCUGACAAUGAGAUCCGGAAACUGGAUGGGUUCCCUCUCUUGAGGAGGCUGAAAACUCUUCUGAUGAAUAACAAUCGGAUUUGUCGGAUCGGUGAAAACCUUGAACAGGCUCUGCCCAGCCUGACCGAGCUCAUUCUUACCAACAACAACAUUGCUGAAUUGGGUGAACUGGAUCCAUUAGCAACUAUUAAAUCGCUGACUUACCUGAGCAUUUUAAGGAACCCAGUCACAAAUAAGAAGCAUUACAGAUUAUAUGUAAUCCACAAAGUCCCCCAGGUCAGAGUGCUGGAUUUCCAAAAAGUGAAACUCAAAGAGCGACAGGAGGCAGAGAAAAUGUUCAAGGGCAAACGGGGUGCACAGCUUGCAAAGGAUAUUGCCAGGAGAACAAAAACCUUCAAUCCAGGUGCUGGUUUGCCAACUGACAAAAAGAAAGUGGGGCCCUCCCCAGGGGACGUUGAGGCGAUCAAGACUGCUAUAGCAAAUGCCACGACUUUGGCUGAAGUGGAGCGGCUGAAAGGCUUACUGCAGGCUGGUCAGAUUCCUGGCAGAGAACGAAAAUCAGGCCCAUCAGAGGAUGCUGAAGAAGAGAUGGAAGAAGACCCGGUUCCCAACGGAUCCUGA